CUCGAUCUGACCUCCAACCAUGCCCCGCGCAAUCAUCUCCCCCUCCGUCCUCGCCUCCGACUUUGGUGUGCUUACCGCAGAAUGUAAGCGCAUGAUCAAGGGCGGCGCAGAAUGGCUGCAUAUGGAUGUCAUGGACGGCCACUUCGUCCCCAACAUCACGAUGGGCGCACCGAUACUGGCAUGUGUCUCCAAGGGUGUUCCAGGAAUCUUCAUGGACUGCCACAUGAUGGUGUCUCAGCCGGAGAAGUGGGUUGAUGACAUUGCGGACGCAGGCGGCAAGCUGUAUUGCUUCCAUAUAGAGGCAACAUCGGACCCCAUCUCGCUCAUCAAUUCCAUCCAUGAGCGCAAGAUGAAGGCGGGUGUCGCCAUCUCGCCUGACACGCCGUCCACCGCCAUUACAGAUGAGAUAGGCGAAGCUGCAGACAUGCUCCUUGUCAUGACGGUUUACCCUGGUCGCGGCGGCCAGAAGUUCCUGGAACGCUGUGUGCCCAAAGUAGCUGAACUUAGAGCUCGCUUCCCCGACAAGGACAUCGAGGUCGACGGCGGUGUGGGCCCGAAGACCAUCGAUCAAUGUGCGGACGCAGGGAGCAAUGUGAUCGUCGCGGGUACAGCCAUCUUCAAUGCAACAGAGCCCGAGCAGGUCAUCGCGCUAUUGAAGCAGUCAGUUGACACUGCUCAAGCAAGGGCUGCAUCGAAGUGAUGCCUUAUCGGACCAUCGGCUGGUAAGCGGUAUGCGCAGAAGCAGAAGCAGAAGUAGAAGACGUCAUUUGUAUUCGUAUGCGGGGGUAGUACAUAUGCAAGUGAAUUGGGAAGACACUU